AUGCCAUUCAAUGCUCAAGUUUAUCACGAUGCGUUCACCUCCCAUGAUGAGAGUUAUGCAUCUACUACUUUGUGCAAAGAUAUCUCGUGGCAACACUCUGCAAAUGGCCUGAUUAUUGUGGACCACAAGGAUCAAACACCUUUCACUGGCUUUAUUGUCGGACGGGUAUCACCUUGGAAUCUUAAGUGUGGUACCACUAGCAACUAUCUCAAGAAAGGAGGACUUGAAAAAGCCAAAUAUCACAGACAAAGUGAGAUGUUGUGUGUCAUUGCCAAUUUAUUUGAACAGAGGCCCAUUUGCAUUCCUUAUUCACCUCAUGGAAAGCGAGCUCCUGAUGCUCCCAAGAUGGACAGUACCACUGAGAACUGGGUUAUUCCGACAGAUCUGGAAGACCAGUUCAAGCUCGUCAAAUACACACAUUGCGCUGUCCCUCUGCCUGUCUUUGAAGAUGACCAAGCUAUCUCACCUUUGGAUGCAAACCAACCAUUGGAUGGAGCCUUGGUCAAAGUCCAUUUUUUGGUUUUCCAGUGGCAUGUGCAAGGAUAUGAUACAUUUUUGGUGAAGGCACGCAAGCAUUAUGACAUCAAACAUCCCUUGAGUGAUGUGGACAAUGAAGAACCGGCUCAUAGGAAACAAGAGGUAGCAGUUGCAAAUGGCAAUAGGGACAAAAGGCUGCAUAAGCUUGGAGUUGCGCUGGCUGUUGAACUUUCCUCUAUCAUGGGUGCCAUGCAAGCAGCAACACUGGAUUCUAUGAUGGCUAAUUCUUCAGCCAUGGCUUGCACAUUUGCAACUGCAGAAGGUCGAGCCAUGCUGAUCCAAGUUGUUGGCCACCUUUCACAGGAAGUGUUUUUCACUGUUUACAGAGAGUAA